UAAACCGAUAUGCAGGAUGUGUGCUAGUUUAUUACUGAUCUUACUAGUGUGCUUCACUCCCUUGCAAUCGGUUCCUGCAAGUACAAGGACUUUAUUAAGGAGAGCAGUACAUCUAAGAGUUGCAGAUAAGUACGAUAUAUUUGGGAAACUGGUUACCUUGAACAUGAUAGGAACCUACUGUUGAAAUAUUCGGAAGCUUCAAGUGCUCCAAUGAAUACCGCAUCCUCUGCAAUGAAUACCGCAUCCUCUGCAAUGAAUACCGCAUCCUCUGCAAUGAAUACUGCCUCCUCUGCAUCUGUGAAUCGGUAAACAGUUUCAUGACAACUGAAUAGCAUUCCUGAUGCCUUACAUUGUAGGCACGAUCUGUGUGGACAGUAAAUCAGAUGAAAAUUGAGCCACAACAUCACUUUAUGAACCAGUACAGUAAUAGCAUUCAAAAUGUUUACAAGUAAAUGAAUAGGAUGAGAUGGGAGGGUAAAUGUGCUCAAUGUAAGCAAGCUCUAGUUCCAGAUGACUGAUUCUUGUAUUUGGAUUGGCUGUUUAGUGCCAGUAAUUGAGAAGCCUAUAAAAAUUCUGCUGUUUUCUAAUUUUGUAUAGUAUAAAGUUGGCUCUAAUACAUGUACUAACAACCAUUUGUAGUUGCAAGGCCUACUUGGGUGAAUUGCAAGACUUGGGUGGGUAGGCAGCUCUAAGAAUUGAGGGAGUUUAUGAACACUGCAACUUCCAGUUCCUGCCAAAGUCCCAGCAAUGCUUGCUGUAUGGUAGAUGUUGAGGUGCCAAGCAGUCCUUCCAGACCAGGUGAAAGUGACAGUUCCUGCCAAAGUCCCAGCGAUGCUUGCUGUAUGGUAGAUGUUGAGAAUACUGGUACUGGAUGUACAGAUAAUGAAUCUGAGUCACAGGUGUGUGAUAAUGGCUCUGACCUUGCAGUUGGUAAUGCUGAGUGUGUCAGAGAGUGUGGAGCUGAGUCGGUGUCUGGGGCAUCCAUUGACUCUAUUCCUGUGUGGUCAGAGCUAGGAGCGAGUCCUGUAUCUGACCAAGUAGUAGAUAUAUGUGAGGAGGAAAAUAAGGAAGUAGCUCCAGUAACAUGCAGGGAAGUCGAUAGUGACCCUGGUAAAUGGCCAGAUCCCAUGGAUGAUAAAGUUCGCUGUCUGUUAAGUGCUAAAGGGCCUGUUCAGAUAAUGAAUCACACUUUUCCCUAUGAUGAUCACCAUAGAAGAUUUAAUCCUAUCUUCUAUACAAAAAGACUUACAAAUGGUGAGACAGUCAGAAGGUCUUGGUUGGUGUAUUCUGAAAGUAGUGACUUAGUAUUUUGUUUUUUUUUUUGCAAACUCUUCAGCAGUACUCAUUUAGUUGCCCUGUCUAGUACAGGAACAUGUGACUGGAAAAAUUUGGGCCAAAAGCUUGUAGAACACGAGCGGUCAGUGAAACAUAAAGAAGCUGCUGCUAAGUGGAGCGACUUGCACUUGAGGCUUAAGAAUAGCUCCACCAUUGAUCACCACCGUGAGAACAUGAUUAAGUCUGAGAGAAAAUACUGGAGAAACGUUUUGGAAAGACUUCUUGCAAUCUGUCAGUACUUGUCCCAACAUAACUUGGCAUUUAGGGGUAGUGAGGAUCGACUCUACAAGUGGUAAUGGCAACUUCCUUGGGUUAGUGCAGCUGUUGGGCAAGUUUGAUCCAGUAAUACAAGAGCAUCUUCGUCGGAUCAGUAAUGCCGAGAUCCAUGAUCACUACUUGGGGAAAACCAUUCUGAACGAGUUGAUAAUGUUAAUAUCGAAGUCUGUCAGAGACUCUAUUUUGCAAAAGAUAACAAAUGCAAAGUACUACUCUAUUAUAUUGGAUUGCACUCCUGACUGCAGCCAUCAGGAACAGAUGUCACUGACUGUCCGUAUUGCUGAAUGCAAUGAAAGUGUGGAAGCUAAGGAGUACUUCUUGUCCUUCCUCCAGGUUACUGAGACUACUGGGGGUUUUCUGACAGACAUUGUGUUAAAUGAACUCAAAAGUUUGGGAGUUCCCCUCGAAAACUGCAGAGGUCAGGGUUAUGACAAUGGCUCUAAUAUGAAGGGGAAACAUUCUGGUGUUCAGGCAAGAAUCUUGGCCUUAAAUCCACGUGCAUUUUUGUACCCUGUGGCUGUCAUAAUCUCAAUCUGGUAAUUGGUGAUGCUGCAAAGUCUUCUAUAGAUGCUGUUUCAUACUUUGGUAAUCUGCAACGAAUGUAUACUCUGUUUACAUCCUCUACUCAAAGGUACAAAAUAUUUCGGGAUAAUGUGUCUGGUCUAACUGUAAAGCCACUGUGUGAGACCAGGUGGGAGUGUAGGGUAGAAAGUGUGAAAGCAGUGAGAUACCAAGUGGGUGCAGUUUAUGAUGCCUUAGUUUCAGUGGCGGAAGUUACAAAAGGGAAGGAUCCUAAGGCAUAUUCAGAAGCAGCAUCCCUGAGCAGUACAAUGAAAAGUGCUAAGUUUUUAAUAGCACUGGUAGUCUGGUAUGAUGUAUUAGUAAGGGUUGGACAAGUCAGUAAACUUUUACAAAGCUCAUCCAUGCAGAUUGCUCAAGCAGUUCUGCUUGAAGAACUGAAAAGGUUUUUAACAGAAUACAGGGCCACAGGGUACGAAAAGGCAAAAGUGACUGCUACUGAGCUAGUUGAAGAACUGGAGGUAGAACUCAAGUUUCCUGGUGCAGAUGAGGUGAGACCCAGGAAAAAGAGGAAGCUUUUUGGUUAUGAAGGUGAUGAUGAGUGUCUAACUAGUCCUGAACAGAAUUUUAAAAUCAACUUUUUCAACUCUCUUGUUGAUGUUGCACUGUCAUCUGUGCAGGACAGGUUCACACAACUUGCAGCUCAUAGUGCUACUUUUGGCUUCCUCUACAACAUACAAGACCUCUGUAAUGUUUCUGAUGAUGAGCUAUUGCAGCUCUGUAAAGACUUGCAGAAUCUUUUAACGCACAAUGACUCUGCUGAUAUCGAUGCAGUACAGCUGUAUGAGGAAUUGAAAACCCUUUGCCACAUUAUGCCAAAGGGAUUAUCAGCACUGGAUGUCCUUAAUGUAAUGAAAAAGCGUGGGUUAGUGGAGAUAUUCCCACAGGUAGUGGUAGCUCUAUGCAUUUUGUUGACUUUGCCAGUGACAGUUGCAUCUGGGGAGAGAAGCUUUUCAAAACUCAAACUAAUUAAAACAUACUUAAGAAGUACUAUGCUACAGGAUAGACUUGUGGGCUUGGCUAUGAUUUCUAUUAAUAAUGAAAUAUCUUGCCAGAUAGACUCUGCUGAUAUAAUUGAUAGAUUUGCUCAGUGCAAGGCAAGAAAAGUGCGGUUUUAGAAAGUGGUUAUGUAUGAAUCUAACAAUGUGCAAAUUUUGUAUGACUUUACAACAGUUGUAAGCAGAAGGCACAGUAGUUCUGUAGUAUGCGAGUUCCUGUAGGGAAGCACUACAGUAGAGUUGGCAGGUAAGCACCAAGUAUGGCCAGCUAUGCACUUCUAUAUUGUAACAUACCUGAAUGGGUAUAGCGAAGCCAACUGCACAUGUUCUUGCAUGUGUACUGAAGGUAUAGUUGCCUACUGCCAAUAGGAUCAUUGCCAGUCUUUGAUAAAUUAUCUGACUGGUACAGUAUAUUUAACAUUGUGAAAACAAGCCUACUGAUUUUAAGUGACUCAAGUAGAAAUGAUAGUCUGAACAAGUGUAACAUUUCACUGAAGCAUUGCAUCUAGAAAUGUCAGACUGUCUGUAUUGCUGAAUGCAAUGAAACUGUGGAAGGAAAUGUGUACUUUUGUCCUUCCUCCAGGCUACUGAGACUGCUGCUGGCUUUCUCAGUGACAUUGUGGUAAAUGAACUGAAGUUGGAGUUCCACAAAACUGCAGUGGCCAGGGUUAUGACAAUGGCUGUUAACAUGAAAGGAAACUGUUCAGGCAAGAAUUUUCUUUACAUCCACAUGCAUUUCUUGCACCCUCUGGCUGUCACACAAUCACAAUCUAGUAAUUGCUGAUGCAAACUAACUUUUCAGUAGAUGCUGUUUCAUUCUUUGGUAAUCUGCAAUGAAUGUACACUGUUUACAUUCUAACUCUAGUACAAACUAUUUUGGCAUGUGUUGGGUCUAACUGUAAAGCCACUUGGACCAGGUUGAAGUGUAAGGAGAAAGUGUCAAAGCAGUGUGAUUUGAAGUGGGUGCACUUUGCAAUGCCUUGGUUUCAGUGGCAAAACUUACAAAAGGCAAGGAUCCUAAGGCAUUUCUGAAGCAGCAUUGCUGAGCAGUACAAUAAGUGUUAGUCAACUUUUAACACUCUUGUUGUUGCACUGUCAUUUGAGAAGGACUGGUUCACUCCGCUUACAGCUCACAGUGCUACUUUUGGCUUCCUCAACACACAGGAACUCUUGGUAGUUACUGAAAAUAUUUCAAUUGUCUGUUAACCCACUUUGCAUUUGCUGAUUGAUGCAGUACAGCUGUAUGAGGAAUUAAACACUGAUAAUCCCUUUGGAGUAAUGUCAGUGCUUGAUUUCCUUAAUGUAAUCGUGUAUUUGUCUCUUACUAGAGGUAGCGCUGCGCAUUUUGUUGACACUGCAUGUGACAGUUGCAUCUGGGGAGUGAAGUUUCUCCAAACAAGUACUAUGUUACAAGGUAAACCUGUGGGAUUGGCUAUGAUCUGAAUUAAUAACUGCUCUUGCCAGAUGUUAUAUGCUGAUAUAACUGAUUACAAGGCAUGAAAAGUGCAGCUUUUGUAAGUAGCUAGGUAGAGACUGAACAGUGUGCAAAGUAUGUAUGAUUUCACAUCUUAUGUACUCUAUAGUCUGAUCCUACAGCGGAAGGCAUAAUACUUUUCAAUGCCAGAGUUCCUGUAGGGCAGCAGCACAAAGUACUGCCAACUAGGCACUAUUCUGUACUACUGUAACUGGCUUACUUGAAUUGCUAGGACAAAGUUGAACCCUAUUCUUCUGUCUGCUAAUGUUUCUGCAUGCAUAAUGGAAGGUGUGGUUGCAUAAUGGCAGUAGGGUCAUUGCCAGUCUAUCUGCCAGUUGCAGUAUACAGUGAACUGUGCCAACUGAACACUAGUUGCCUCAUGCAGACAUGACAAUACAAGUGUAACAUGUCACAUGAAACUGUCCAUUUUGUGAAUGCAAUGAAACUGGAAGGAAAGGGGUACUUUUUGUCCUUCCAUGUUACUGGGACUACUGGUGGAUUUCUCAAUAACCAUGUUAAAUGAACUUAAGUUUGGGAAUUCCACUAGAUAACUGCAGAGGCCAGGGUUAUGACAUUGGCUCGAAAUAUGAAAGGAAACAUUCUGGUGUUGCAGGAAUCUUGUCUUUAAAUCCACAUGCAUUUUUUGUACCCUCGGGCUGUCACAACCUCAAUCUUGUAAAAAGUGAUGCUGCAAAGUCUUCAGUAGAUGUUUCAUUCUUUGGUAAUCUGCAACGAAUGUACACUUUUCAGAGGUACAAAAUAUUUUGUGAUGUGUCAGGUCUAUCUGUAAAGCCACUUUGUGAGACCAGGUGGAAGUGUAGGGUAGAAAGUGUCAAAGUGGGUGCACUUUCCAAUGCCGUGAUGUUGUCAGGUCUAUCUGUAAAGCCACUUUGUGAGACCAGGUGGAAGUGUAGGGUAGAAAGUGUCAAGCACCCUAAAGUGGGUGCACUUUCCAAUGCCUUGGUUUCAGUGGCAGAACUUACAAAAGAUCCUAAUGCAUAUCUGAAGCAGCAUGGCUAGUACAAGUGCUAAGUUUUUAAUAGCACUGGUGGUCUGGUAUGAUGCAUUAGUGAAGGUUGGAAAAGUCAGUAAACAUUUGCAAAGCUCUUCAUGCAAAUUGAUCAAGCAGUGGUUCUGCUUGAUGAACUGAAAAGUGUUUUAACACAAUACAGGGCCACAAGGUACAAAAUGGCAAAAGUAACUACUACUGAGCUAGCAGAAGAUCUGGAGGUAGAAUUCCAGUUUCCUGGUGCAGAUGAGGUGAGACCCAGGAAAGCGGAGGCUUUUAUCAACCAAAUGACUUAGUCCUGAACAGAAUAAAGUCAACUCAACACUCAUGUUGAUGCAGUCAUCUGUGAAGGACGGGUUCACUCAAUGUCCAGCUCAGUGCUACUUUUGGCUUCUCUACAACAUACAAGAACUCUUGGUAGUUACUGAACAUAUUUCAAUUCUGUCUGUUAACCCAGUUGGAAUCUGCUGAUAUUGAUGUAGUACAGCUGUAUGAGGAAUUAAACACUUUAUCACAUUACUCCAAAGGGAUUCAGUGCUGGAUGUCAAUGUAAUGCAGCGCGUAUUACUUGAGAUAUUCUCACAGGUAGUGGUAGCUCUGCACAUUUUGUUGACACUGCUAAUGACAGUUGCAUCUGGUGAGAGAAGCUUCUCCAAACUACAACUAACAUAUUUAAGUACUAUGUGACAAGAUAGACUUGUGGCCUUGGCUAUGAUCUCAAUGAAUGAGGUAUCUUGCCAGAUAGACUAUGGUGAUAUAAUUGAUUUGCUCAGUGCACGAUAAGUGCAGCUUUAGUAAGUAGCUAGGUAAUGAAUGGUGUGCAAAUUAUGCAUGAUUUAACCUGUAGUCAAGAUUUUACAGUGUAAGGCAUAACAAUUGUGCAGUAUGCCAGAGUUCCUGUAGGGAAGCAGUACAGCAAAGUUGGUAGGGAAGCUGAGUACUGUCAGUUGUGCACUUCUCUACUACUGUGACUGGCAAACCUGAAUGGCUAUAACAAAGUCAAACCCUGUUCUUGCAUCCGCUAAUGUUUCAGGGAAUUGGUUAUGGCUAGGCUUGUGUAGACUCUAGGGCCAAUCUUGGGUUCAUUGUGUAAAGGUGGAGUUGUAUAAUGCCAAUAGGGUCAGUGCCAGUCUUUAAUAAAUUACCAGACAAUGAUACACCACAUUUCAGAGGGAAUGUGCCAACUGAAAUCUCUAAGACUGCAGUAGACAUGACAGUUUGUACAAGUGUAACAUUUCACUGUGAAACAUUGCAUAUAGAAAUGUACAUCAAAUGGCAGCAGGGGAAUAAAACCAAACUAUUACAAUGUCUGAAGCAUGAACCAGCUAAAUGAGUCUUCAAAUUACUCAAGUGUACCUGACAGUUUGGCAAUUUAAACAUUUUAAGUCACACAUUAAAUAGAAAUGUGUAGUAGCCAGCAAUGAAAUAAAAUCUGACUAUUUCAAUGUCUUUAACAUGAACUAUGCCUAACCUUUUCAAAAUUACUCAAGCAGACCAGACACUUUUUUUUUGUUCACGUUGCACAUUAAUUGUGAAGUAUUGCAUAUAGAAAUGCAUGAAUAGCAGCAGAUAAAAUGUGACAAAUUUUGAUGUCUAACAUUGAAGUGCACCAACUGAAAUCUAACGUCUUCAACUUAAGUGGACCUGACAGCUUGUACAAGUUAAUCACUUUUUACUGUUGAACACUGCGUUUAGAAAUGUACAUCUAAUAGCCAGCAAAGGAAUACUUGAAUGAAUAUUGUUGACAUGAAGGGUGUCCAUUCACGUGGACCUCACACAUUUCAUUGUGAAACAUGUACAUAUAGAAAUGUACAUCUAAUGGCAGCAGUGGAAUAAAACCGGACUACAAUGUCAAGCAUGAACUGAACCAGCUAAAUGAAUGUCUUGAAGUUACUCAUGUGGACCUGACACUUUGCAAGUUAAACAUUUAACUGUCAAAUAUUGCAUACAGAAAUGUCUAGGAGCCGGCAAUUAAAUAAAAUCUGACAAUUUCAAUGUCUAACAUUAAUUGUGCCAACUGAAACCCAAUGUUUUAAAUCAAGCAGACUGGACAGUUUCUACAAGUGAAACACUUUUUAUUGUUGAAGACUGCAGUUGGAAAUGUUCAUCUGGUCAUCUGGUAGCCAGCAAAGGAAUAAUUAAAUGACAAUUUCCAAUGUCUUUCACAUGAAGUGACAAUUCAAGUGCACCUGGCAGUUUAUACAAGUGUCAAACAUGCAUAUAGAACUGCACAUGUAAUGGGAGAGCAAUGCAAUAAAGUCAUCUGACAAUUUAUGAACUGUAUAAAGUAAAUGUCUAGCAGCCAGCAAUGAAAUAAAAUCUGACUAUUUCAAUGUCUCUAGCAUUAAUUCUGCCAACUGAAACCUGUUUUCAAAUUGGUCAACCAGACCUGACAGUUUGUACAAAUGCAAAAUUUUACUGUCAAAGAUUGCAUAUAAAAAUGUACUUGACAAGUAAUGGAAUAAAUCAUUUGACA